AUGUCUUCUCACGGGAAACUCGACCCUAUCCGGGCUCUAAACUAUGACUGCACCAGUUUAGUGUUUGACCACCUGAGCUUAUCAGACCUGACUCGCGUAGAGCGCGUUAGCAAAGACUGGAAAGCCCGGCUGUAUGCUUGGAUGGCCAACGAGGGGAUUGUUAAGCGCUUUCCACAUGCCUUGCCGGACAAGCAUUCAGACGCGGAGGCAGGAGAACAAGAUGUUGUGAAAGUGAAGAGAUUCAAGAAAUACGUCAUCGAGGGAACAAGUACCGAGAGACUGGCGGCAGGGAGGGCAUUGAGCGUCAACACAUAUACCGCCGCGGCCUUUCCCUCCAACAACUUGCCACUAUUGGCAGGAGACUUCGUUGUCCUGGGAAACAACGUCAGCAUCUUGUGGGACCAGAUCGGGAACCGAGAAGAGGCCCGCCGCGAUAUCAACACAAACCACGCCCUCCAGCCGAUCAACCUGAACAGCCUGCGUUUCCAUACCGGUCCUGCAACGGCACCUUACCGAGAUCGCUGGACCGUGGAAGGGAGAAGACUGCACGCUGCUGGGUUCUUGCACUUUGAGCUUAGCGAACCCCAGGCUGAAACCUCCUGGGUAUAUAUGCUUGAACUUGAAACAGGGAACGUGUUAUGGUCCCAACCCAAGUCCCCGACGUCGGCUCUCACGAUACCAAUUGCAAUGGGAUGGAAGAGAAUCUACUACUACGGCCCCCAGACAACGGACUUGGAGGCAUAUGACUUGAAGACUGGCGCGCUGCUCUACUCGCGCCGCUCAUUCUUCCCAAAGGCUCUAAACAUAUGGCACGAUCAGAUCUGGCGCGUUGGGGGACGGGAAGUCUUCGUGGGGAUAUCCUCUGAAGGGAAACAAGACAAGGGAACUAUGCCUGUGUCUAUGUAUCUUAUUGACGCGGAGAGCGGGGCCAUCAUCCAGGUGAUCACCUUUAUGCAGUACUGGACCCCGGGGUUGCGAUAUGACCCGCUCCUGACGCUGAAGGUGUCCACGCGACGCAACGAGCUGGCGUUUGCGUGGGUCAGUUACAACUCUGCACGGACUCUCGCCAUGAUACACACGUUUGACUACGAUCGCGUCAAUGGAGAGUUUGUGGAACGAGGCCUCGAGGAGAUUGACCUCGUUGCGCUCGGGGUUAUCAAAAGGCACGGGCUUCGUAGCAGAAUUGACUGUGAUCCAUUCAGAGGAAUUAUUGCCUCCGCAAAUAUCGACGGUGGAAGCGUCUGGAUACAUCCACUUCGACUUGGUUCUAUGGGAGACGAUGCCCCGACCCAGUCUACUAAGAUUAUCCUAGACAGAAACCCAAAAGAGGAUUUUUCCAUUGGCAAGGGGGGCACCAAUCCACAUGUUGUAUUGGACGAUUUUCGAUUGGACAAGAUCAUCAUUGCAGGCAACCGGCUUUGCUUGAAAUAUCAGCUUAAUUAUGGGACUCCUGGGACGGAYACUGAGAAUGAACUUGCAGUUUUGGACUUUGGGUCCCCGGGAAGUUCGGCCCUUGAUGAGGGAGCCUUCUGUCUGCAUUCGCCAGAUAUGACCAACAUCGGUGUUGUCAAGAGAAACUAA